UCUCAGCUUGCUCUAGUCUCGCCUGGACAUUUUCCUGGUCGCUGAUGUUUUCAUCGUGGAUUUUUACCUUCUGCUUUUACUGGACUUUGGUUCGCGAAACUUGGGAAAACAAGCAGGCACAGUGGAAGACAUUCCUCACAGUUUUUCCUGAGGUCUGAUAACUCCUCCUAGGCUGCAUCCUGCCAACACAUCUCUGUUCCCUCCUCUUCAGAUCUGGAAGUUUCCUGCUGAGGCUAACAGCUUCCAGGCCUCAUUCACUGCAGCAACACAUGAUGUUUAGAUCAGAGCUCAGAGCUGCUGUUGUUCUAUAGAGGAGGAAACUACGCAGUCGUUACUGGGAGCUAAAAUGGCGCAGAGAAUAGUUCAACUAGACCAAAGUAACUUUUCUUGUUCCAUCUGUUUGGAUCAACUGAAGGAUCCGGUGACUAUUCCCUGUGGACACACCUACUGUAUGAACUGCAUUAAAAGCCACUGGGAUGGAGAAGAUCAGAGGAGAAACCACAGCUGCCCUCAGUGCAGGAAAGAGUUCAUACCGAGACCUAACCUGGAGAAAAAUGUCAUGUUAGCUGCUUUAGUGGAGGAUCUGGAGAAGACUGGACUCCAAGCUGCUGCAGCUGAUCACUGCUAUGCUGGACCUGAAGAUGUGGCCUGUGAUGUCUGCACUGGGAGGAAGAUGAAAGCUGUCAAGACCUGCCUGGUUUGUCUGAUUUCUUACUGUGAGAAUCAUCUUCAGCCUCAUUAUGAAUCUCCUGCUUUUAAAAAGCACAAGCUGGUGAAUCCCACCAAAACUCUCAUGGAAAGCAUCUGCUCUUGUCAUGAUGAGGUGAUGAAGAUGUUGAUGGAUGGUUAUGAAACAAUCUCUGCAGAAGCAGAAAGGGCUGAGAAGCAGAAGAAGCUCCAGGAGAGUCGACAACAAAUCCAGCAGAGAAUCCAGGACCAAGAGAAAGAUGUGAAGCUGCUUCAACAGGAGGUGGAGGCCAUCAAUGUCUCUGCUGAUAAAGCAGUGGAGGACAGUGAGAAGAUCUUCACUGAGCUGAUCCGUCUCCUCCAGGAAAGAAGCUCUGAUGUGAAGCAGCAGAUCAGAUCCCAGCAGGAAACUGAAGUGAGUCGAGUCAAAGAUGUUCAGGAGAAGCUGGAGCAGGAGAUCACUGAGCUGAAGAGGAAAGACGCUGAGCUGGAGCAGCUCUCACACACAGAGGAUCACAACCAGUUUCUCCUCAACUACCCCUCACUGCCAGCACUCAGUGAGUCUACACACUCAUCCAGCAUCAACAUCCGUCCUCUGAGACACUUUGAGGACGUGACAGCAGCUGUGUCAGAGCUCAGAGACAUAAUGCAGGACGUCCUGAGAGACUCAUGGAGAAACGUUGAACUGGCAAUCACUGAAGUGGAUGUUCUACUGUCUGAACCAAAGACCAGAGAUGAAUUCUUAAAAUAUUCACAAGAAAUCACUCUGGAUCCAAACACAGCAAACAUAUUUCUGUUAUUAUCUGAGCAGAACAGAAAAGUAACAUUAAUGAACCGGCAACAAGAUUAUCCAGAUCAUCCUGACAGAUUCACUGGUUGUUAUCAAGUCCUGAGUAGAGAGACUCUGACUGGACGUUGUUACUGGGAGGUGGAGAGGACUGGGAGUGGAGUUUAUGUAGCCAUUUCUUACAAGAACAUCAACAGAAAAGAAGCCUUUGGGUUCAAUGACAGAUCUUGGUCUUUAUAUGGUUACACAGACAGUUACACAUUUUAUCACAACAACAUUGAAACUCCAGUACCAGGUCCAGUUUCCUCCAGACUAGGAGUGUACCUGGACCACAGAGCAGGUAUUCUGUGUUUCUACAGCGUCUCUGAAACCAUGACUCUCCUCCACAGAGUCCAGACCAGAUUCACUCAGCCUCUACAUGCUGGAGUUGGUCUUUACUUCUCACUUUCCUGUCCUGGUGAUUCCUCUGCUGAGUUCAUUAAACUGAAAUAGUCAGCAGUGAUCUCAGGUCCAGUUGGUUAAAAUGUGUAUUUUAGUCCCAGUUCCUUUCGUCUCCAUCAUUGUUGCUGAGAGAUCAGCUGUCUUAGUGGAGCUACUUUGUCAUCUUUAUUGUUUUUAUUAAUGUUUGAUGUGUGAUCAGAAUCUCUAAUUUCUUAAUUUUUUUCAUAUUUAGCUGCAUCAUUAUUAUCACAUUUAUCACUUCUGAUGUCACCAGAACCUGCUUGAGUUUCUGAUUAUUUUUAAAGCACAUUAACUAGUAGUGUUAGUGUUAGUUAAUGUAACUAACGUCAUCAUCAUUAGUAUUUUUUCUCUGCUCUGCUUUCAGUUUAUUCUGAUUGAACCUCCAGAAUCUCCCUGCACUUCUUACUGUCAUGUUUUUAGUCUGAAUGUGUAAGAAACUGCAAAGUGUGGAUUGUUACAAGCAUCAUAAACAUGAUAUUGAUUUACUGUUUUCCUCAUUUUUUCCAGUUGUUUUGUUUGUAAAUGCAGACAAAAUGCUCUGAUUUAUUUUAAUAUCUACUUUAGAACUCCAUAUAUGUCAUAUUAUUUUGCAUAAAACAUUUUUAUGGUAGAUUUUUCACUUUGCUGUUAUGGUGAAAAGUCCAUUAAUUUUAGCAUAAACCUGUCAAUAAAUGAUCAGAGGGAAAAUUGACCGAUUUAUAUGUCUGAACAAUGGAUCGGUGCAUUGCUACUCUUUAUAUUUUAAUGUAAACAUCUACAAGAUUCAAGAAUGGACAAAUAAAAUAUAGAGAUUA